UGCCAACGCCGCCACCGGUGCCGGGGAAUCGGCGGCGGCCCCUUCUCAGGUUAAGUAUUCGCAUGGCCCCGACUCUGUUCUCUUAAGAAAAAGAAACUAACUCAAAAGAAAAAUGGCGUUUGUGGCAACCCAAGGGGCCACGGUGGUUGACCAAACCACGCUGAUGAAAAAGUACCUUCAGUUUGUGGCUGCUCUGACGGAUGUAAAUACACCGGAUGAAACCAAAUUGAAAAUGAUGCAAGAAGUUAGUGAAAAUUUUGAGAAUGUAACAUCAUCGCCUCAGUAUUCUACUUUCUUGGAACAUAUCAUCCCUCGAUUUCUUACAUUUCUUCAAGAUGGAGAAGUUCAGUUUCUGCAGGAGAAACCAGCACAGCAAUUGCGGAAGUUAGUUCUCGAAAUAAUCCAUAGAAUACCAACUAAUGAACAUCUUCGUCCUCAUACAAAAAACGUUCUGUCUGUGAUGUUUCGCUUCCUAGAGACGGAAAAUGAAGAAAAUGUACUUAUUUGUCUGAGGAUAAUUAUUGAACUGCACAAACAAUUUAGGCCACCAAUUACUCAAGAAAUUCAUCACUUUAUGGACUUUGUGAAACAAAUUUACAAGGAGCUUCCGAAAGUAGUGAAUCGUUAUUUUGAGAAUCCCCAAGUAAUACCCGAGAAUACUGUUCCUUCUCCAGAAAUGGUUGGAAUGAUAACAACACUUGCAGUGAAAGUCAAUCCUGAACGGGAUGAUAGUGAAACAAGGACGCAUUCCAUAAUUCCCAGAGGGUCUUUGUCCUUGAAAGUAUUGGCUGAGUUGCCCAUCAUUGUGGUUUUAAUGUAUCAGCUCUACAAGCUGAACAUUCACAACGUAGUUGCUGAAUUCGUGCCCUUGAUAAUGAAUACCAUUAUCAUUCAGGUAUCUGCACAAGCAAGGCAACAUAAACUUUACAAUAAAGAGUUGUAUGCUGACUUCAUUGCUGCUCAGAUUAAAACCUUAUCAUUUUUGGCUUACAUUAUAAGAAUUUACCAGGAUCUGGUAGCCAAGUAUUCCCAGCAAAUGGUCAAAGGAAUGUUGCAAUUACUGUCAAACUGCCCAGCAGAAACUGCACACCUCCGAAAGGAACUUCUGAUUGCUGCAAAGCACAUUCUUACCACCGAUUUAAGGAGCCAAUUCAUUCCGUGCAUGGACAAACUGUUUGAUGAAUCCAUACUAAUUGGCUCUGGAUAUACAGCUCGAGAGACACUGAGGCCACUUGCCUACAGCACCCUGGCAGAUCUGGUGCACCACGUUCGUCAGCAUUUACCACUAAACGACCUCUCCCUUGCUGUCCAGCUCUUUGCCAAGAAUAUUGACGAUGAAUCAUUACCUAGUAGUAUUCAGACCAUGUCUUGCAAACUUUUGCUGAAUCUCGUAGACUGCAUCCGUUCAAAAAGUGAGCAAGAAAAUGGAAAUGGGAGAGAUAUCCUAAUGAGGAUGUUAGAGGUUUUUGUCCUUAAAUUCCACACUAUUGCCCGCUACCAGUUAUCUGCCAUUUUUAAAAAAUGUAAACCUCAGUCAGAACUUGGAGCAGCAGAAGCCGCCCUGCCAGGGGUCCCGACAGCCCCCACGGCUCCGGCCCCGGCUCCAUCACCAGCGCCAGCCACUUCUGUUGCUCCAGCUCCAGUGCCUGUUUUUGAGAAACAAGGAGAAAAGGAGAAAGAAGACAAGCAGACAUUCCAAGUCACAGAUUGCCGGAGUUUGGUAAAAACUUUGGUUUGUGGUGUCAAGACAAUUACCUGGGGCAUAACGUCGUGUAAAGCACCUGGUGAAGCACAAUUCAUUCCCAACAAACAGUUGCAGCCCAAGGAGACCCAGAUUUACAUAAAGCUUGUGAAAUAUGCUAUGCAGGCUCUAGAUAUUUAUCAGGUGCAGAUAGCAGGGAAUGGACAGACCUACAUUCGGGUAGCAAACUGUCAGACUGUUAGAAUGAAAGAAGAGAAGGAAGUGCUGGAACAUUUUGCAGGUGUCUUCACAAUGAUGAACCCUUUAACAUUUAAAGAAAUCUUUCAAACCACAGUCCCUUAUAUGGUGGAAAGAAUCUCAAAAAAUUAUGCUCUUCAGAUUGUUGCCAAUUCCUUCUUGGCAAAUCCCACCACCUCUGCUCUGUUUGCUACUAUUUUGGUGGAGUAUCUUCUUGAUCGACUGCCAGAAAUGGGUUCUAAUGUAGAACUCUCCAAUCUGUAUCUCAAGCUGUUUAAGUUGGUCUUUGGCUCUGUUUCACUCUUCGCAGCUGAAAAUGAACAAAUGCUGAAGCCACAUUUGCACAAGAUAGUGAACAGCUCCAUGGAACUCGCCCAGACUGCCAAAGAGCCCUACAACUAUUUCCUGCUGCUUCGAGCCCUGUUUCGCUCCAUUGGUGGAGGAAGUCAUGACCUCCUGUAUCAAGAGUUCUUGCCACUGUUGCCUAACUUACUGCAAGGGCUCAACAUGUUGCAAAGUGGACUACACAAGCAGCACAUGAAAGAUUUGUUCGUAGAACUGUGUCUCACUGUACCCGUCCGACUGAGCUCUCUCCUUCCGUAUCUACCAAUGUUAAUGGAUCCUUUGGUAUCAGCUCUAAACGGAUCUCAGACUUUAGUUAGCCAAGGCCUAAGAACUCUUGAAUUGUGUGUAGAUAAUCUUCAGCCAGACUUUCUGUAUGAUCACAUUCAGCCAGUCCGAGCUGAGCUCAUGCAGGCUUUGUGGCGUACCUUACGAAAUCCCGCGGACAGCAUUUCUCACGUGGCCUACCGUGUUCUUGGUAAAUUUGGAGGGAGUAACAGGAAAAUGUUAAAGGAAUCACAGAAGCUUCAGUACAUUGUCACUGAAAUUCAAGGACCCAGUAUUACCAUAGAGUUUUCUGAUUGCAAAGCAUCUAUUCAGCUUCCAAUGGAGAAGGCAAUUGAGACCGCUUUGGACUGCCUGAAGAGCGCUAAUACAGAGCCAUACUACCGGAGGCAGGCGUGGGAAGUGAUCAAAUGCUUUUUGGUGGCCAUGAUGAGUCUCGAUGACAAUAAACAUGCCUUAUAUCAACUCCUUGCACAUCCAAACUUUACAGAGAAGUCGAUACCCAGCGUAAUAAUUUCACAUCGCUACAAGGCUCAGGACACACCCGCCCGGAAAACAUUUGAGCAAGCAUUGACCGGCGCAUUCAUGUCAGCGGUGAUCAAAGAUCUGCGGCCUAGUGCUCUGCCUUUUGUAGCCAGUUUAAUCCGUCACUACACGAUGGUCGCGGUAGCCCAGCAGUGUGGUCCUUUCUUGCUGCAGUGCUAUCAGGUGGGCAGUCAGCCAAGCACAGCCAUGUUUCAUAGUGAAGAAAAUGGAUCGAAAGGAAUGGAUCCCUUGGUGCUUAUUGAUGCAAUAGCCAUUUGUAUGGCUUAUGAAGAAAAGGAACUUUGCAAAAUAGGGGAGGUGGCCCUAGCAGUCAUAUUUGAUGUUGCAAGUAUUAUCCUGGGCUCCAAGGAAAGGGCUUGCCAGCUCCCACUCUUUUCUUAUAUCGUGGAACGCUUAUGUGCUUGCUGUUAUGAACAAGCCUGGUAUGCAAAACUAGGAGGUGUGGUGUCCAUUAAAUUUCUCAUGGAACGACUGCCUCUCAUUUGGGUCCUCCAGAACCAGCAGACUUUCCUCAAAGCGCUUCUUUUUGUCAUGAUGGACCUGACAGGAGAGGUUUCCAAUGGAGCAGUGGCUAUGGCAAAAACCACUCUGGAGCAGCUUCUGAUUAGGUGUGCUACCCCCUUGAAAGAUGAGGAAAAAUCUGAAGAGAUUCUCUCAGCUCAGGAAAAGUCUUUCCACCACGUAACACAUGAUCUGGUGCGAGAAGUCACCUCUCCAAAUUCCACUGUGAGGAAGCAAGCUAUGCAUUCACUGCAGGUGUUAGCACAAGUCACUGGAAAAAGUGUCACUGUGAUAAUGGAGCCACAUAAAGAGGUCCUCCAAGAUAUGGUUCCUCCUAAAAAGCAUUUACUUAGGCAUCAACCUGCAAAUGCCCAGAUUGGCCUAAUGGAGGGAAACACAUUUUGUACAACUCUACAACCAAGACUGUUUACAAUGGACCUCAAUGUGGUAGAACACAAGGUUUUCUAUACAGAGCUGCUGAAUUUGUGUGAGGCUGAAGAUGCAGCCUUAAUGAAACUACCCUGUUAUAAAAGUCUUCCAUCACUUGUACCUUUGCGAAUUGCAGCUUUAAAUGCUCUAGCGGCCUGCAAUUACCUUCCUCAGUCCAGAGAGAAAAUCAUUGCAGCACUUUUCAAGGCACUUAAUUCCACAAAUAAUGAACUUCAGGAGGCAGGAGAAGCCUGUAUGAGAAAGUUUUUGGAGGGUGCUACGAUAGAAGUUGAUCAGAUUCACACACACAUGAGGCCUUUAUUGAUGAUGUUGGGAGAUUAUCGAAGUUUGACCCUGAAUGUUGUGAAUCGUCUAACUUCCGUCACGAGGCUCUUCCCAAACUCCUUCAAUGAUAAAUUCUGUGAUCAGAUGAUGCAACACCUGCGUAAAUGGAUGGAGGUGGUUGUUAUGACUCACAAAGGAGGACAGAGAAGUGAUGGAAACGAAAUGAAGAUUUGUUCAGCAAUCAUCAAUCUGUUUCAUCUGAUCCCAGCUGCUCCUCAGACUCUGGUUAAGCCUUUGUUAGAAGUUGUAAUGAAAACCGAACGAGCAAUGUUGAUAGAGGCUGGCAGUCCAUUCAGAGAGCCAUUGAUCAAGUUUUUAACACGUCACCCUUCCCAAACUGUCGAACUCUUCAUGAUGGAAGCUACAUUGAAUGAUCCACAGUGGAGCCGAAUGUUUAUGAGUUUUUUAAAACACAAAGAUGCCAAACCUCUCCGGGAUGUCCUGGCGGCGAAUCCAAACCGAUUCAUCACAUUAUUGUUACCUGGUGGUACUCAAGCAGCAGUAAGACCUGGAUCUCCCAGCACUAGCACAAUGCGUCUCGAUCUUCAAUUUCAGGCCAUCAAGAUCAUAAGUAUUAUAGUUAAGAAUGAUGAAUCCUGGUUGGCAAAUCAACACUCCUUAGUGAGUCAAUUAAGGCGUGUGUGGGUGAGUGAAACUUUUCAAGAAAGACACCGGAAGGAAAAUAUGGCUGCAACUAACUGGAAGGAGCCUAAGCUGUUGGCAUACUGCUUGCUAAAUUACUGCAGAAGAAAUUAUGGAGAUAUAGAGUUGCUCUUUCAGCUGCUUCGAGCCUUUACCGGUCGUUUCCUCUGUAACAUGACAUUCUUAAAGGAGUAUAUGGAGGAAGAAAUUCCCAAAAAUUACAGCAUUUCUCAAAAACGUGCUCUGUUCUUCCGCUUUGUAGACUUCACUGACCCAAAUUUUGGAGAUGAGCUCAAGGCUAAGGUUCUGCAGCAUGUCCUGAAUCCUGCUUUCUUAUAUAGUUUCGAAAAAACCGAAGGAGAGCAACUUUUGGGACCUCCCAAUCCAGAAGGAGAUAAUCCAGAAAGCAUCACCAGUGUUUUUAUAACCAAGGUACUUGACCCAGAGAAGCAGGCAGACAUGCUGGACUCUCUCAGAAUUUACCUGUUACAAUUUGCUACGCUUCUUGUUGAACACGCGCCACACCAUAUUCACGAUAACAACAAGAAUCGGAAUAGCAAACUGCGCCGCUUGAUGACAUUUGCUUGGCCGUGCUUGUUAUCGAAGGCAUGUGUGGAUCCAGCCUGCAAAUACAGUGGUCACUUACUUCUUGCACAUAUAAUUGCCAAAUUUGCAAUACACAAGAAAAUAGUUCUUCAGGUCUUUCACAGUCUUCUCAAGGCUCACGCCAUGGAGGCCCGUGCAAUUGUCAGACAAGCAAUGGCUAUCCUAACUCCAGCAGUACCAGCUCGGAUGGAAGAUGGGCACCAGAUGCUGACUCACUGGACCCGCAAAAUCAUUGUAGAAGAGGGUCAUACUGUUCCUCAACUUGUCCACAUCUUGCAUCUAAUAGUGCAGCAUUUCAAGGUUUACUACCCAGUGAGACAUCAUUUGGUGCAACAUAUGGUGAGUGCCAUGCAGAGAUUGGGCUUCACUCCCAGCGUUACCAUUGAGCAAAGAAAAUUGGCUGUAGAUCUGGCGGAAGUGGUCAUUAAAUGGGAAUUGCAAAGGAUUAAAGAUCAGCAGCCGGAUUCAGAUAUGGAUUCAACUGCAAGUGGAGAGGGAGCCAGUUCUACCUCAUCUGCUGUUAAAAGGGGACUGUCGGUUGAUUCUGGCCAAGAAGUGAAACGUUUCAGGACUGCUUCUGGAGCAAUAAGUGCAGUGUUUGGAAGGAGCCAAUCAUUGCCUGGGGCUGAUGCACUUCAAGCCAAGCCCAUUGAUAAGCAGCAUACUGAUACUGUCGUGAACUUUCUGAUUAGAAUUGCCUGUCAGGUAAAUGACAACUCCAAUACUGCAGGCUCUCCUGGAGAGUUGCUUUCUCGUCGCUGUGUAAAUCUCCUAAAGACUGCUUUGCGACCAGAUAUGUGGCCAAAAUCAGAACUCAAGCUACAGUGGUUUGACAAGCUACUGAUGACUGUGGAGCAGCCAAAUCAAGCCAAUUUUGCAAAUAUUUGCACUGGCUUAGAAGUACUGAGUUUCCUGCUAACCGUUCUGCAGUCUCCAGCAAUCCUCAGUAGCUUCAAACCUUUACAGCGAGGGAUAGCUGCCUGCAUGACUUGUGGGAACACCAAAGUUUUGCGAGCAGUUCACAGCCUUCUAUCCCGCUUAAUGAGCAUCUUCCCUACGGAGCCAAGUACUUCAAGUGUAGCUUCAAAAUAUGAAGAGCUGGAAUGCCUCUAUGCUGCAGUAGGAAAAGUGAUUUAUGAGGGUCUUACUAAUUACGAAAAGGCCACCAAUGCUAAUCCUUCCCAACUCUUUGGUACUUUAAUGAUUCUGAAGUCUGCCUGCAGUAACAACCCUAGCUACAUAGACAGAUUAAUUUCUGUCUUCAUGCGGUCCCUACAGAAGAUGGUUAGAGAUCACUUAAAUCCACAAGCAGCAUCAGGAACUGUAGAAGCAAACUCAGCAGGUACAAGUGAACUGGUGAUGUUGAGUUUGGACCUUGUGAAAACUCGCCUUGCUGUAAUGAGCAUGGAAAUGAGGAAGAACUUCAUUCAAGCUAUUCUGACAUCACUCAUUGAAAAAUCAUCUGAUGCAAAGAUUCUUCGUGCUGUUGUAAAAAUUGUGGAAGAAUGGGUUAAAAAUAAUUCUCCUCUGGCAGCCAAUCAGACCCCCACUCUUCGAGAAAAGUCCAUCUUGCUAGUGAAAAUGAUGACCUACAUUGAAAAGCGGUUUCCAGAAGACCUUGAAUUAAAUGCCCAGUUCUUGGACUUGGUUAACUAUGUCUAUAGGGAUGAAAAUCUGUCUGGGAGCGAGCUCACUGCGAAACUAGAGCCUGCCUUCCUUUCAGGAUUACGCUGUGCUCAGCCACUCAUCAGAGCCAAAUUUUUUGAGGUCUUUGACAACUCCAUGAAGCGUCGGGUCUAUGAACGUCUGCUUUAUGUGACCUGCUCUCAAAACUGGGAGGCCAUGGGCAACCACUUUUGGAUCAAACAGUGCAUAGAGCUCCUGUUGGCAGUUUGCGAGAAAAACACGACAAUUGGUACAAGUUGUCAGGGCGCAAUGCUGCCAUCUAUCACUAAUGUCAUCAACCUAGCUGACAGCCACGACCGGGCAGCAUUUGCCAUGGUAACCCACGUCAAACAGGAACCCCGGGAGAGGGAGAAUAGUGAAUCCAAAGAAGAGGAUGUGGAGAUAGACAUUGAACUAGCUCCAGGAGAUCAGACUAGCACACCCAAAACCAAAGAACUUUCUGAAAAAGACAUUGGCAACCAAUUACAUAUGUUGACCAACAGACAUGACAAGUUCCUGGACUCCCUUCGGGAAGUGAAGACUGGGGCACUACUCAGUGCUUUUGUCCAGCUGUGCCAUAUUUCCACAACAUUAGCUGAAAAGACUUGGAUCCAGCUUUUUGCCAGAUUAUGGAAAAUUCUGUCCGAUCGACAGCAACAUGCACUGGCGGGUGAAAUAAGCCCAUUCUUGUGCAGUGGGAGUCACCAAGUCCAGAGGGAUUGCCAGCCAAGCGCUUUGAACUGCUUCGUGGAAGCUAUGUCCCAGUGUGUCCCUCCCAUCCCUAUCCGACCCUGUGUGCUGAAAUAUUUGGGCAAGACUCAUAAUCUCUGGUUCCGAUCCACAUUAAUGCUCGAGCACCAAGCUUUUGAAAAAGGACUAAGUCUCCAAAUUAAGCCUAAACAGACCACAGAAUUUUAUGAGCAAGAGAGCAUUACACCACCUCAGCAAGAAAUACUGGAUUCACUUGCUGAACUUUACUCACUGUUGCAAGAGGAGGAUAUGUGGGCUGGUUUAUGGCAAAAACGCUGCAAAUUUCCUGAGACAGCCACAGCUAUUGCAUAUGAACAGCAUGGAUUUUUUGAGCAGGCACAAGAAUCCUAUGAAAAAGCAAUGGAGAAAGCCAAAAAGGAACAUGAACGGAAUAAUGCGUCUCCUGCUAUCUUCCCAGAAUACCAGCUGUGGGAAGACCAUUGGAUUCGCUGCUCUAAGGAGUUGAACCAGUGGGAGGCUUUGACAGAAUACGGGCAGUCGAAAGGUCAUAUAAAUCCUUAUCUCGUAUUGGAAUGUGCUUGGAGAGUGUCAAACUGGACAGCCAUGAAGGAGGCGUUAGUUCAGGUGGAGCUGAGUUGUCCAAAAGAGAUGGCCUGGAAAGUCAACAUGUACCGAGGAUAUCUGGCUAUUUGCCAUCCUGAAGAACAGCAGCUCAACUUCAUUGAACGCCUCGUUGAAAUGGCUAGUAGCUUGGCCAUUCGUGAAUGGCGAAGGCUUCCCCAUGUUGUGUCGCAUGUUCACACUCCCCUUCUUCAGGCAGCACAACAAAUAAUUGAACUUCAGGAAGCAGCGCAAAUUAAUGCAGGUUUGCAGCCAACUAACCUGGGGAGGAACAACAGCCUGCAUGACAUGAAGACUGUGGUAAAAACCUGGAGGAACAGGUUGCCCAUUGUGUCAGAUGAUUUAUCUCACUGGAGCAGCAUUUUCAUGUGGAGGCAGCAUCAUUAUCAGGCUAUUGUAACCGCCUAUGAGAAUAGCUCACAGCACGAUCCCAGUUCUAACAAUGCCAUGCUGGGAGUCCAUGCGUCAGCUUCGGCAAUUAUCCAGUAUGGAAAAAUCGCUCGGAAACAAGGGUUGGUCAAUGUGGCGCUAGACAUUCUAAGUCGUAUUCACACGAUUCCUACUGUACCAAUUGUGGAUUGCUUUCAGAAGAUUCGACAGCAAGUCAAGUGUUACCUCCAGCUGGCUGGAGUCAUGGGCAAAAAUGAAUGUAUGCAGGGGCUUGAAGUUAUUGAAUCCACAAAUUUGAAGUACUUUACAAAGGAGAUGACGGCUGAAUUCUAUGCACUGAAGGGAAUGUUCUUGGCUCAGAUUAACAAGUCUGAAGAAGCAAACAAAGCAUUUUCAGCAGCAGUUCAGAUGCAUGAUGUGUUGGUGAAGGCCUGGGCCAUGUGGGGCGAUUAUCUGGAGAACAUAUUUGUCAAGGAACGGCAACUUCACUUAGGUGUAUCUGCCAUUACUUGUUAUCUCCAUGCAUGUCGUCAUCAGAAUGAAAGCAAAUCGAGAAAAUAUUUGGCCAAGGUCCUGUGGCUAUUGAGUUUCGAUGAUGAUAAAAACACAUUAGCUGAUGCAGUUGACAAAUACUGUAUUGGAGUACCACCCAUUCAGUGGCUGGCCUGGAUUCCACAGCUGUUAACUUGCUUGGUUGGUUCAGAGGGGAAGCUUCUUUUGAACCUUAUUAGUCAGGUUGGAAGAGUAUAUCCCCAAGCUGUCUACUUUCCCAUCAGAACUCUGUAUUUGACACUGAAAAUAGAGCAACGAGAACGCUACAAAAGUGAUUCCGGACAGCAGCAGCCGAGUUCAGUGGGUAAUCAGUCCCAUUCCGCGUCAGAUCCGGGGCCGAUAAGGGCCACGGCACCAAUGUGGCGCUGCAGCAGAAUUAUGCACAUGCAGCGGGAGCUGCAUCCAACUCUGCUGUCCUCUUUGGAAGGCAUUGUUGAUCAGAUGGUCUGGUUCAGAGAAAACUGGCACGAAGAGGUUCUCAGACAGCUACAACAAGGCCUUGCAAAAUGCUAUUCAGUUGCUUUUGAGAAAAGCGGAGCCGUUUCCGAUGCCAAAAUUACCCCCCACACCCUAAAUUUUGUCAAGAAAUUGGUCAGCACCUUUGGUGUGGGCUUGGAGAAUGUCUCGAACGUCUCCACCAUGUUUUCCAGUGCAGCUUCAGAGUCCUUGGCUAGAAGAGCUCAAGCAACAGCUCAAGAUCCUGUCUUUCAGAAACUGAAAGGGCAGUUCACGACAGACUUUGACUUCAGUGUUCCUGGCUCCAUGAAACUUCAUAAUCUUAUUUCUAAACUGAAGAAAUGGAUCAAAAUCCUGGAGGCAAAAACAAAACAGCUUCCAAAGUUCUUCCUCAUAGAAGAGAAGUGCCGCUUCCUAAGUAAUUUCUCAGCGCAGACAGCAGAAGUGGAAAUUCCUGGAGAGUUCCUUAUGCCAAAGCCAACACAUUACUAUAUCAAGAUUGCCAGAUUCAUGCCCAGGGUAGAGAUAGUACAGAAGCACAAUACCGCAGCCAGAAGACUGUAUAUCCGAGGUCAUAAUGGGAAGAUUUACCCGUAUCUAGUGAUGAAUGACGCUUGCUUGACAGAGUCUCGCAGAGAAGAACGGGUUUUACAGCUGCUUCGUCUUCUGAAUCCCUGUUUGGAAAAGAGAAAAGAAACCACAAAGAGGCACUUAUUUUUCACAGUUCCCCGUGUGGUGGCGGUCUCUCCGCAGAUGCGUCUUGUUGAAGACAAUCCCUCUUCUCUUUCCCUGGUGGAAAUAUACAAGCAACGCUGUGCCAAAAAAGGCAUUGAACAUGACAACCCCAUUUCUCGUUAUUAUGACCGACUGGCCACAGUGCAAGCACGAGGGACACAAGCCAGCCAUCAGGUCCUUCGUGAUAUCCUCAAAGAAGUUCAGAGUAACAUGGUGCCACGCAGCAUGCUGAAGGAGUGGGCACUGCACACAUUUCCCAAUGCAACGGACUACUGGACAUUCCGCAAGAUGUUCACCAUUCAGCUAGCUCUGAUUGGUUUCGCAGAAUUCGUCUUUCAUUUGAAUAGGCUCAACCCAGAGAUGUUACAGAUCGCUCAGGAUACGGGCAAACUCAAUGUUGCCUACUUUCGAUUUGAUAUCAAUGAUGCUACAGGAGAUCUGGAUGCCAAUCGCCCUGUCCCAUUCCGCCUCACCCCUAACAUUUCUGAAUUCCUGACCAUGAUUGGGGUCUCGGGCCCAUUAACUGCAUCUAUGAUUGCUGUUGCCCGGUGUUUUGCACAGCCUAACUUUAAGGUUGACGGCAUCCUGAAAACUGUGCUUCGGGAUGAAAUCAUUGCCUGGCAUAAGAAAACCCAAGAGGACACCUCCUCUCCCCUCUCUGCUGCCGGGCAGCCGGAGAACAUGGACAGCCAGCAGCUGGUCUCGCUGGUCCAAAAAGCAGUGACCGCCAUCAUGACUCGACUUCAUAACCUCGCCCAGUUUGAAGGCGGGGAGAGCAAAGUCAACACCCUGGUAGCAGCUGCAAAUAGUCUGGAUAAUCUGUGCCGUAUGGAUCCAGCCUGGCAUCCUUGGCUGUAACGGGACGUUUCCGUAGCUGCUUCUGCUACCCUUGUGCUAUGAGCCAUGUUUUGGGUUUUGGGGUGGGGAAGGGAAGAGAAGAGGGGAGAGACAAUGUGAAGAAUUCAUUUGAGACUGGCUUACCCGGCCGCUGCCGCCAAUUUCAUUUCCAUCUCUAGCUAGUUGUUAAUCAUGUUUACAAAAGUCCUGCCGAAUAACUGUUUCCAAAGGGGGAUUCUUGGUGUGAAAGGGAAAUACCCCAAUUUGAUAUGCGGAGGUGAUUUUUUGAAGCCUGGCUAAGAGGUAGAGAAGGAAGUGGAGAGGAAAGGAUGUGAGCUGUAUUCUGAUAGUUUUAGGGAGAAUGUGGAAACACCAGCGUCGCUACACAAUUAGGAGCAAGUCCUAGGCCUGGUGUUGAUGUUUUUAGAUUCCCAUGAAGAAACAAAGAUUUUCCCCAGGUGAAUUUUCUUUGUGAAAUUUUACUAAACUGCUUUAUUUGUACUAAUGUCCAGAUUCAGAUGGACUGUUGAAAGCAAUGAUAUUCUGUCAAGUUUUCUCCUGUCAGAACCAUCACCAUUUUCCAAAGGCCUCGUUGGUUUGUACAGAUGUUUGUAACAAGUGUAUAGAAAAUCCACUUUUGGUAGCGAAACAGAAAAUUAUGAACAAAUCGUGCUGGGCUUUUUCUCAGAGCACAAGUCCGUGUACAGUGAUAGUGCAACCAGUUUUGGGAAUUGAGUUUAGUGUUUGACCAUUAUGUAUAAAUGGGGAUUUAUAAAACGCUGAGGAUCUCGCCGCCCUUCCAGACGUUAUGUAUCUGAAGGUAGCUCAAAGUGGGUCAGCAAAAGUUAUCAAAAUGGAUCUGCUCAUGGUUUGCGAUGAUUUCUAGGACACUUGUAGACUUUUUGUUUUUGUUAGAGUUGCUUCCUAGAAGACUUUUUUUCAUUUGUAAUUUAAAAACAGAUCUUGAGUUUACUUGAGCCCUCUGUGUUGUGUUAGCAUUUUUAUAAAUCUGCGGUGUUGCGAAUGUUCUACCUAAAUUUGUACAGAGUGAUUUUUUCAGAAUAAAUAUUUUCUAAAAGGA